UUCAUUCACCAGUCUGGUAGCAAGAAGUUGAGCUUAUGUUCUUUAUCGUUCUGUCAUUUCUUUGGACACAAGAUCAAUUCCAACUGCCAUGGGGUUGACAUCUUGAGCGCCUUCCUAAUACCAUCGCCCCCACCGCGCCUUCCACGACUGAAGUCAAAAAGCAUCAUUGCAUCGGCAACCACAAAUGCGGCUGCAACGACAACGACAACUACAAUUACACGACUUCAAUCUACUACAAUCACCUCCUUUAAGCGGCUUUAGUCUCAGUCUCCUCAUAAGAGCCUCCGACGAUCCCCUAUCACAGCUCCUCUUCAAUCGAUCGCACAGCGACACCGUCGUGUGAUGGCUGCCGUUAGCAAGCGACAACAAGCGCGAAAUGAACGGGAACUUCAAGAUCUCCUCAGCGUAUCUGGGAACUCGGAAUGCGCCGAUUGUGGGGCAAAGAACCCAUCGUGGGCGAGCUGGAACCUAGGGGUGUUUCUGUGCAUGCGAUGUGCAUCCUUACACCGAAAGCUGGGAACACACAUCUCAAAGGUCAAGUCCCUGAGCAUGGAUACUUGGUCUUCGGACCAGGUCUCGUACAUGAGACAGAACGGCAACAUCGCCAGCAACAAGAUCUAUAACCCAAAGAACAGAAAGCCUGAUAUUCCCCAUGACGCAGACGAGGUGGACUCGGCAAUGGAAAGAUUUAUUCGCAAGAAGUAUCAAGAGAAGAGCUUGUCGGACGGUAGACCUGAACCUCCUCGUCGAGACGAUCCCCCUCUCUAUCCUCCAGCGACAAGUUCCAUCCCCCAGGCCGAAUCACCGCCUCCACCCCUACCACCCAAGAAAGGGAAAUUCUUUGGUUUUGGUCUCCGCGCAUCAUCGUCUGCCUUGGGCUUGAAACAUGACAAAAAGAAACAACACCAUGAACCCAGGGUUGAAAGCACCUUUCACAUACCCCGUGACGACUACCACUCACCAUCACGAGCAAACGACGCGCGUUAUGAGAUGACAGAUGCAGAGUUGCAAAAGAAGCUGGCCACGUUACGAGAUAUGGGUUUCACUGAUACCGGGCGCAACACGAGCAUGCUUCGACGUAUGAAGGGCAAUGUUGAACGGACGAUUGAAGCGCUCGUUCAGCUCGGACCCAACAAUAGUUCAAACUCGUCCGCAAGAAAGGAACCCUCGCCCAGCAGACUUCCGGCUUCUAACAACGAAUUUCCACCAGAACCUCCUUCAAAAGGGACAGAGACCUCUAACAACCCUUACAACCACAUUUCAGCAGAGCCCAUUGUCGGCUUGUCCUUUUCAAACCCUCAGGCAACUUCAAGCACAGGAUCUCAAGUAUAUGCAAGCAAUAAUCCGUUCGGGCAGAUCCAUGAUCCGCAACCUGUGCAAUCACAGACCGGACUUGAGCAAUCCUUCCACUCUCUCCAACUAGCUCAGCCUCUGCAACCUCCUCAAGCUCUCUUCCCUCAUAGUACGGGAGGGUACUCCAGUCAAGUUUCAGUUCAAGACCCCAGAUAUCAAACAUCAGUGGCACCCCCAGUCCUGCCAAUGCAGUAUCAACAAGGCUACGUUGCUUCACCGGCCCCAUUGCCAACAAACACGAAUCCAUUCUUUCAGCCUGCUCCCGCAUCUGCUCAGUCUACAGGAAGCAACCCCUACCUUCAACAGACUUCGGGCAAUGUGCAAGCUCCUUCAUCACCAUCGACAAACCCCUUUCUGAAUCUUCAGGCUGGGACUCCAGUUCAGCAAACACAACUUCCUCGACAACAAGGCUCUUUGGCGUCCAAUUUUAACCCGUUUGGUAUUCCACCAUCACCCACACCUGGGACCAGCCAGCAACCACAUUCUCCUAUAAAUCAGCCACAAGAGAUAUAUGGCGGAGCUCGCCCAGCAUCGGCUUUUACACCCUCAUCCGAGUCAAGUAAUCCAUUUGGUCAACAACCACUACAAUCGGGUUCGCAGGGCUCUUUCCCUGGCGCUCAGGGGCAGUCGUCUCAGCAAUAUCUCAAUUAUCAAUAUGGUCUUCUUCAAGCGCGAUCUCAGAGCCAGCCACAAUUGCAAUAUCAAACGCAGCAACAAUUGCAGCCACAAGUUCCACAACCCCAAUAUGCCGCCCAACAACUCUUCUCAUCACAGUCAAAUCCUUUUCAACAGCAAUUCGGCCAGCAACCUCAAUCACUUGCGCCGCAACCAACCAUUCGUCAUGACAGGAAUUCGAUCAUGGCGCUAUUCAAUCAACCCCAGUUUGGCUCUCAGCAACUCGCCUCUAUCCCUGAACCAGCUUCGGAAAACUCCAACGUACAGACCGUUUCAUAUCAGCAACAAGUUUCACCCGCACCAUCGGGCGAUAUCUUUGGAAAUCCCAAUGCCCUAAUUGGUGCAAAACGCAGCUCAACCAUGCCUGUGUCCCUUCAAUCGAUGCAUUCAGCAGGUGGGGCAGGAAGUCGAAAUCCAUUCAUGACCAACACUCCGAGCAUGCCGUCCAAUGCCGAUUACAGCUCAAACCCAUUUGGAGGAGGCUACGGUACGUCACCUGGAACAGCUCCGACUAUAGCCGCAAGACAUGCAAGUGCUGCCAGUGUCAGUAUCAAUAAUUUAGAGGGAGGUAGACAUAGUCCAGAUGCAUUCGCAUCCCUUAGCGCUCGCCAUAUGAGAUGAUAGUAAAGAAUCAUAUUGGAUUCGCAGGAACUUGGAAUUGAGCUCCAGCAGCGAUAAGCCUGGGAUGGGAGAUCUCUGUAAGGGAACGUGUCUAGACUCAAGUUUACACAAGGUGCGGUACUGGUUGGAAAAGGCUUGCAGGCUAGCAUCACUCAGGGGAUAAUGCAGUGCGGACGGGAGCCACGAGUAUUUCUACAUGGAGGUGCAAGUAUUUAGCCAUGUGGCAAGAGGCGAUGUCGAUACAUGGCUGAAAACCGCCGAGCUGCGAUAAUGCAAGCUGGUCAAGGAUUUUGAUUCUGAUUGAGCGAGGUCAACU